ACAUUUCCAUUUUGUUACAGACUGUGUAAGCUUGUAUUUUUCACCGUUGCAUAUCAGUCUUUAAAGCAAGGCAACCAAACCACCACACUUCAAAUCCAUUCAAUGCAUCAACUUUUAGAUUUUUGCGUACUUAUUUCCUUUCACUUGGACAUGAACACCGUCAUAUUGUCACUGGGGUCCACUAUCAGUGCCUUGAUGUUCAGGAGCUAAUGCCUUUACCCACAUGACACAGAGCCAUAAUCCUAAUGAUCAGUAGUUGACAUGCACAAAUAACAUAAAGUAGUGGUCAGAUCAUCAGGACAUGCAGAGCAUCAGCGCUCCAUAACUUUGCAUCAGAGAGUGGUACAGAAAGCAUGUCGACGCUUUGAGGAUGUUCUCCCAGAGAGGCUGAAAUGAGCUGAACUUCUAUCAGAUUGUACGCGCUUCAGAGGCAGCAGCAAGAAACAAUGAUGACGCCCCUCCGCAUGAAGACAUACCUGGCUCUGCUAUGGGGAGUAUCUGUUUUGUAUGCCAUGGAGUCUGACAUGAAGGCUUCCACUACCGAAACCAGCAGCAUUAACUCCAUUGCUGCGCCUCACAAACCAGCAGAGACCACUGUGGAAACGAAAGUGGCGAUCACCACUUACAGAGGUGACCGCGCACAGCGCAGCGCUUCUGAUUUGGUCCCAGUGAACGCCGUAGCAGCAACUACAAGCAGAACAGAAACACAAUGGCGUCAUAUCCCCGCAGCAGUGAAUACAAUUGCAGGUGCAGCACAUCCGUCCCACAACGCGAUGAUCUUAGAGACUGCAAACCCUAGAGAAGGUCAGAUACAACAACAAUACCAAACCGCUUCCACUGACAUGCCUGCUCCUGCAACAGCUUCUGCAGCAGCAGUGGCCGUCUCUUCGCAGCAGCCUUCUUCCACCACUAAGUCUGAAGUUACCUCCAAGUUACCUCCCAUCACCUCUCCUGGAAGUGUGCAGGCUCCAGUCUUCAACCAGACCCACAGCGUCCCCUCAGCUACAACCACAAUGACAGCUAGCCCCACCUCUGAGGCAGCACCUGUGUUUGACCACACAAUAAGAGAAACAUUCCCCACCAGUACUGAGUUUUUGUCUACUACUAAACUUGUUUCUGUGACUAAAACCCCCGUCUCCACAUCACAGUCUCCUGGCACAGCAGGGUUGAGCUCUACCGCUGAGUCCCCCACCAUCGCAUUCUCAACCGAAUCUCCCAUUUCCACCACCAAAGUCUCCACCGCCGAUGCCGACGUCUCCACCACCGAUAUCUCCACCAGUCCUACAGGAAUCCUGAUCCCUCGUGAACCCAAUAAGGUGCCUGUCCCAACCACCAAAUCCACUCCGGUAACGACAACAGCCCCUCGUGAAGUCUCAAAGAGCCCACCCAGCAGCAAGGUCCAACCCUGCUACAAACGGCGUGCGAUGGAGCACUGCCUCGUCGCCAUCGCCUCCCUGGCUGCAUUGGCCACCAUUUUCAUGGUCUCUACCAUCAUCCUCUGCACCAAGCUGUCAAAAAGGAAGUACAAAUUCAAAAAACCUCUGCCGGCAACAGAGAUGAUGUGCAUCUCGGCCCUGCUGCCCGAGAGGAUUGCCACUUACUCUAGACAACGCAAUCCAGUCACUAACGGAGUCCUGGUGAUCCACGAUGAUGCCGACAGCGAUGAGGACGGAGGAGACAACCUCACUCUCAGCAGCUUUCUUCCAGAAAAUGACAGAUUUGUUUAAAUGGAAUCACUAUUAUUGUCAAUAGAACUGUCAGUGAAGCGGAAACGGUUGCUGCUUGAAUAAACUCGUGCUUCCUGUUUGAAGUUUGUGGUUUGGCUUCGCGGCACGAUCCACUGCUAGAGGUAGAGACGUGGACCCACAAAUACAAACGAAACCAAAGCAGUGUUAUUCAAGAACCAUUAAUGUAUCUGGUGUUUGGAGAGGUCAGUUCAUCAAAUGUGUAUUUCAGGCAAGACUCUUUGCAUAAUUUGACACUUUUGACACCACAAGAGUCAAAGUCAGGAUGAAGAGAGAGAUCAAAGAAACUUUUGGACAUCCUGAGCGGAGCCGUGAUGGUAUUUCACUUAGCAACGGGAGACAGGAAGGCUUGUUUUGUCCAGGUAUUGGUGUUCCUCGCAGUGAGCUCCUGGUAGCACUGUGGCUUCAUUGCAUAAACGUUGUCAUUUGAACAAUGCUAAACUGUAUGUGACUCUCUUUAUGUGGGUGUUUAAAUGCAGCUUCUGUACUAUAAUUUAUUAAACUAAUUUGUCUCAUUUAA